CAGUGUGCAUCAUCAUCAUCAUCAACAGCUGGAGAUCCAAGCUCCAAGGGGUCCUCGUGAACGCGCCUCCUCCUCCUCCUCUCUCUCUCUCUCUAGCACUGCGCGCUCCCGCGCGGGGACAGGCUUCAGGGGAGCGGGGCGAGCAGACGAGCGGCAGCCGGGGAAAGAGGAAGAUGGAGUUGCGGGUCGGGGAGAGACUCCUGUGCGUGGCCGCGCUGUCCAGCCUCCUCUGCGUGGAUUCGGUGCUCGGGAAAUAUGUCAGAGGCGUGGUGAACACCAAGGAGGAUUGGGUAUUCCUCACACGCUUUUGUUUUCUUACUGACUUUGGGAGGCUGGAUUUUCGAUUUCGCUAUCCAAAGUCUCGCUGCUGUCAGAACAUAUUGCUCUACUUUGAUGACAGUUCUCAGUGGCCAGCUGUGUACAAGAGGCCCGAGAAGAACUGUAACCAGAAGGAAGCAGUGCUGAGGCCUGAGAACAACCAGGUCAUCAAUCUCACCACACAUUACACCUGGUCAGGAUGCGUGGUGGAAGGCGAUGGCAACGAGGAGGUGCUGAGCUGCGUGGGUGGUCGCAGUUUCCGCUCGGUGAGGGAGAGAUGGUGGUACAUCGCUCUCAGCAAGUGUGGGGGCGACGGCCUGCAGCUGGAGUAUGAGAUGAAGCUGACCAACGGGCAGUCCUUCUGGACGCAGCAUUUCUCUGCGGACGAGUUUGGAAUCUUGGAGACGGACAUCACGUUCUUGGUCAUCUUCUCCUUGGUGUUUCUCCUCUCCUGCUACUUUGCCUACAAUCUGAAGGGAAGACAGCUUCUUCACACAACCUACAAAAUGUUCAUGACAGCAGCAGGUGUGGAGGUGCUCAGCCUGCUGUUCCAUUGUGUCUACUGGGGCCUGUACGCCAGAGAUGGCGUUGGAAACGGCAGCCUGAAAAUUCUUGGGAAAUUACUGUUCUCCGUCAGUUUCUUGGUGUUCCUUCUGAUGCUCAUAUUGUUGGGAAAAGGUUUCACUGUCACCAGGGCAAGGAUCAGUCACAGUGGCUCGGUCAAACUGAGCAUCUACAUGACUGUCUACACAAUCACCUAUGUCAUCCUCUUCAUCUACGAAGCCGAGUUCUUUGACCCAGGUGAGGUGCUUUAUGCCUAUGACAGCCCAGCGGGCUACGGUCUGAUGGCCCUGCAGCUGGUCGCAUACGUGUGGUUCUGCUAUGCUGUGCUGGUCUCCCUGAAACAUUACCCUGAGAAGCAGCCCUUCUACGUACCGUUCUUCACCACAUACACUCUAUGGUUUUUCGCCGUGCCCGUGAUGGCUCUGAUCGCCAACUUCGGCAUUCCUCGCUGGGCUCGGGAGAAGAUUGUGAACGGCAUCCAGCUCGGCAUCCACCUCUACGCUCACAUCGUCUUCCUUGUCAUUACAAGGCCCUCGGCUGCCAACAAAAACUUCCCGUAUCAUGUUCGGACAUCGCAGAUCGGGAUCCUUUUGUCCAGUCCUAAAGGAGGUGAGGGAGCGGAGAGUUUCCCCCAUCAUGCCUAUGGAAACAGCUCCUUUCUGGGAGAUUCUCAACCCAACUUCACUGAGCUGUUCUCCAUCCAAUCGGAUCCAGUGAAGACGGUAGAGGAGACGGUUGCUCGUAAAGGGCCAGACGUGCCCAGGAACAGUGAACAGAAGAUCAUCACCACCACUGCUGACUUGACCUCCAUAUUGCCCCCACCUCCGCCUCCUAUACCCCCACGCCCAGCCUCCCGCUCACCCCCUCUGCCCCCGCGGCUCCCCUCCUUCACAGAGUAUUUCAGCAUGCAGAGCGGCGGCGGCGGCGGCGGUUUUGGAACAAAGGCGUAAAAAAGAAAAAAAAUUGAAAGCAAAAACGGUGAUAUAAAAGACAGACGGCAAAGCAAAAGCACAGUCACUUAGUGUAUUUAAUAAGGGGUUACUUUGAAAGACAAAAACAUGAACCAAAAAAAGAGAAAUUAGCAGAAAAAGCUCCUUUUCACCUGUGACGGUGACAGAGAAGUGAAGAGGAAAUGACAGAGACCUGAGUGCUGAGCUUGUUAAAAAAAAAAAAAAAAAAAGCAAUAAAUAUUUGAUGUUGACCAGUAGAAGACACACGAGGAGAGAAAUGACAAAGUGGAUGUAGCCAGAGCAAUAGAAUAGCUGUGCACAAUGUGGAGAUGAACAAAAUUCUUAAAAUGCUUUCUUUCAAAAAUUCAUGAGGCAUUGAUGGCUCGCCUGGAAAAGCUUGUACAUAGCUAGAAUUGUGGAAAGCUAAUGUUCAGUAUAGAUCGGAUUCAAAAGACCACAUUAUUUGUACUUUUUUCCACAUUAUGAUUGUGAUAAAAGAGAAGUCUUAUGAUAUUACAAACAUAUUCAUCGAAGAUUUUUUUUUUUUUUUAAUCUGUCAUUUUGAUAAAACAUAGAUAUUUUUCCUUUAAAGAAAGUCUACUGGGUUUAUUUAUAUUUUCAAUUCAGGAACCAAAAGUGUAAUAUUUCCAUAUAACCUCUAAAACAUGCAUGUGGUGUGUUCUCGUACUCCGAUAUUUGCUUCUCAUAGAGAUUUUGUAUAUAUUUUUGACCACAGAAGUUUUACUUUUAUGCCAAACCUGAAGAUCACGCGCUGUUCUCUAAACAGGAGGAGUCCUAAUUCAGUGUUAUUUUCAUGUUUCGGCUGUUCUUGUGUGAUUUUACCAGACAUAAUGCAGCACUUAAAACUGCAACUUUGUAUUAUUUUUGUUUUAUUUACCCCCUUCUCCUCUGCACCAAAAUAAACUGGAUUUUUUUUUUUUUAUUAUUUCUUUUUUUUUUUUAAAGAUACAGGUGCCCCCAUCCUUACCUCUGUGUUGUAACAUAAAUAUUUCAUUUGGUGGCUUGCUCAGUGUUUAUACAGAGCAAAAAGCUGAACCAAUAUUAACUGUUUUGUAUCCCCCUUGUAUUGAGCUUAAUGGUUAAAAAAAAAAGAAGAAAAAAAAGUAGAUGAACUGUGAAAACAGCCACACAACUGUACAUUUCGUCUGUCCUGCAUGGAGCACUUUAAUGUUCCUGAUAUUAGUCUUGUUGGUCCGUGGUAAUGUCACCCUGUGAGGCUGCUUUGAAACUCGUGUUUUCACUGCUGUUCCGGAUGCAUACACUUGUAAAUAGUGACAAUUUCAUACACUUUUUCGGACAUUUUAAGGACAAAUUGAAGCUUUGUUUGUUGGAAACGCUAAUAAAAUCGGGGGAUUUUUCUGAGACGACCUGCUGAGCUGAUGACCCACAGACCGAGCGGUGGAAGCGUUGCUGUCACGGAUGUUCCCUGGUGUUAGGACUGUGUACGUUGUAGGAGUGUAGUACGAGGUGUAACGUAUUCUGUGAAACUAAAUGAUACUUGAAUCGAGUACUAACUGUUAUUUCUGAUCACGUGUCUUGUCUGCUGUUGCCAUGACUCGACUGAACAGACAAGGAAUGACUCGGCGGGCUAAGGGGGGGCGCUUCGCUGCUCCGGCCUGGUGCGUUUGACCUUUGGUUGUCAAAACGACACAAAGACUUGUAUAAGAAAACUUGAAGAGAAGAGGUUUUGUGUGAAUGACAGAAGAGCACAGAUUUUGAGGUUAAGAGCACAUCACUAAAGCACUGUUUAGAUGCAUUUUAAUGGUGUCAAAUAUGCUGUACAUAUACACUUUUUGCCAUAAUAAUAAAAGAUAUGCUUUUAUUAAA